CGACGACUCCCCUACAAAUACCGCUCGCGGUGCGGGGAGUAGAUGGCCACUGCACUCCAUCCUACACCCAUCACCUGAACCUCUGCUGCAUUUAGUCUUGCACGAUGCCAAGGAAGAAGGUUGCCCUCGGACGCGACCCCGUCCCAGGCGACGACCCUCCGAAGAAGGAUGGCCCGGGCCGUCGUAGGAACGUGCGAGGUAGGAAAGGUGGCCUCAAAGACAUGCCAACGAUGCCACUCGACAUUUUGCUGGAGAUCUUCCGCCACUUGGAACCUCGCGACUUGCUCAACCUUGCACGUACAACGAAGCCGUUCCGUGAUUUCCUCAUGAGCCGCAACUCUGCUAGUAUGUGGAAGGCCGCCCGUGCGAACGUCAAAGAUCUCCCGGACUGCCCUCCGCAUCUGAGCGAACCCGCAUAUGCUAACCUCGCCUUCUUCCCAUACUGCCAUCACUGUCUCAAACCCAAUGUUCAAACUAUCCUUUGGGAGUUUAACACGCGAUACUGCCCUGGCUGUGCAAAGACGCUCACAAUAGCGAUGAAAGACAUGAUGUAUCAGCGUCGUCCUCAGUACAGCUGGGCAUUGACGUGGACUUAUACUCCUGAUGCUAUCUUCUGCACAGUAAAUACGAACCAGAAACAUGCCAUCUAUCAUUGUCCAGAGCUUGAUAAAAUUAAGCCAAUCUGGGACCGAACUCGCGACGAUGCUGAUCAAUGGAACAAGUUCGUGGCGGAGCAGAAGCAGCGUGUGCUAGCCAUUCGCCGGUACGCUACGUCGUGUCGCAUCUGGGACAGGGGGCGGGCUUCGACGAGGUCGGCAGAGUUGCAGGACAUCCGAGAACGCCGUCUGACCACUAUUGUGGCUAAGCUGCGCGACCUUGGCUGGGGCGGAGAACUUGACAGGAUCGCCAUGCAAGGGUAUUGUCCGCUCUCCGAGCAUGCACAGGUCCGGCCUUCGAAGGCCCUCACUGACCGAGGAUGGGCGAAGAUCCGCGACGAGGUCGUCGCGAAGAUGCAAGAGAUCAAGGACUUCCGCCUCCGCACUGAGCGCCGCGCGCUCCUCCGUACACGUCUCAACAUGCUCAAGGCCGCCGUCACCGCUGCGCGCACUACGCCGACGAAGCGCACCGUCGAGGACGAGUACAAGCCCAAGUUCCAAAACCUAGCGUUCAUGCCCGUCUUUCGCGAGUUCGUCGACGCGCCGAAUGACGUCGUCGUGAAUCAGGAGGCCUUUGCUGCGUUGAUGCCCAGGCUGCCUCUGCUUGAUGAACAGUGGCAGAAAGAAAGCAGGGAACAGCUCAGGGCGAAGCUGGCCGACCAUGUCGACGCACAAGACGGCGCGGACGUGUUGAACCUCGCCGUCGCCGUGUUCAAAUGCAAGGGGUGCCCUCGGAUCCUUGGCCACCCUCAGGUGCUGGCGCACGAAUGCGUGGGGUCGUUGUUGAUGGAGUCACCUGGCCAGCAUGACGACUAUCUGAAGCUCGUCGUGGAUGUUGGCUACAAGUACCCCUGGAACGCGGACCACAUUCAAGUCGUCACAGAGCUCGAACGCGUCCGGGCGAUCAUUGAGAUAUGUGGGAAGGACCCCAAGGUGGCCACCCAGAAAGACAUGGACGACGCCGACCUGAGAGUAGUGUAUGAUUCACCUUAUGACGGAGGCAGGGUUAUGUCGUGGCGCCGGGCUGUGAGGUUCGUGCUCAAUGGAAUCGGCACAUACGGGCAAUUCGUACGCUCUCAGUGGAUGAAGGCCACCGAAGAGCAGAAAGCCGCCGUAAAGGAUCGCGAAGAAUCGCACAAAGCGGCUUUAAUGAUCGACAGCUACUCACGGUGUCUUGAGUGGCGGUGCGGCUACUGCGACUUCAUUCGGCCCCGCACUUGGCAUGUCGUAUUACAGACGGAGGAACUGAAGAAUCACUUAAAGGACAAGUGAGUCUGGACACGUCUUCUAUGACAAUGGCUGACUCGUGGCUGCUCUUUGCCCUGCUUCCAGGCACGCCGUCGAGAACGCGACUGUGGAGAACGGCGAUAUGUAUUUGCACCCCGACAGUCAAUUGGAACUGGAUCCGAUCCAGAUCAAGCAGCAUCAUCCGUUCAACCCCUUGACAUACGAUCUCUGGUCGGACUACGGCGACUCGAAUUCGGAUAUGGAGUCGGAUUCGGAUUAUUGGUCUGAAGUGCUAUG